CCGUGCAUGUGCACUACAUUGACAUGAAGCAUGUAAUUGCUGACUUGUUGACUGUAGCUUCACCUGGGGUGUUGAGAUGACAUACUGCACACCAUAUCUCCUGUCACUGGGCCUGUCGAAGGGGCAGACGUCGUUGGUUUGGGUUGCCGGUCCCCUAUCGGGCUUGAUCGUACAACCCAUAAUAGGGGUCGUUGCGGAUGAGUCGACCUCAAAAUGGGGUAGGAGACGGCCUAUCAUUGCUGUCGGCUCUGUCAUCGUUGCCCUCAGCCUGUUGGCCCUGGGCUUCACGAAGGAGCUUGUUGCGUCCUUUAUCCCAGACCCCGAGACGGCUAGGCUAUUGACCAUUAUGAUGGCUGUCCUAUCGCUUUAUGUUGUUGAUUUCUCUCUCAACGCAGUUAUGUCAUGCGCGAGGAGUCUGCUCGUAGACACCUUGCCCAUCCAUAAGCAGCAGACGGGAGCUGCCUGGUCCAGCCGCAUGAACUCGUUGGGGCACGUCAUCGGUUAUGCCAUGGGGGCCUUGGACCUCGUACAGAUCUUCGGUCCGAGGCUCGGGGACACCCAAUUCAAACAGCUGACCGUCAUCGCUGCCCUGGGCAUGCUGCUCACCUCGGGCAUCACUUGCUGGGCUGUCUCGGAGCGCAUUCUAGUUUCGGUACGGCACGACCCUCGGCGGGCCCAGGGUCGCUUCAAGGUCGUCCGGCAGAUCUAUUCCACCGUCUUGACCCUCCCCCCUCGUAUCAGGGGCAUUUGUAACGCUGUGUUUUGGUCUUGGAUCGGCUGGUUCCCAUUCAUCAUCUACAGCAGCACUUGGGUCGGCGAGACAUACUUCCGUUAUGAUGUCUCGCCCAACGCCAGGGACUCGAAAGAUGCUCUAGGCGACAUGGGCCGUAUCGGGAGCAUGGCGCUGACCGUGUACUCGACCGUCUCCUUCCUCAGCGCCUGGAUUCUCCCCGCACUGAUCCAGGCUCCAGAAGACGAAACCUUCACGCACCGCCCGCCCGCCAGCCUCGCCCCCUUGAUCGAGACAUUCAACAAGGUCAAACCAGACUUGCUGACCGCCUGGAUCGCCAGCAACAUACUGUUCUCGCUCGCCAUGUUCUUCACCCCGUUCGCCACCUCCUUCCGCUUCGCCACCAUCAUCGUCGCCUUUUGCGGCAUCCCCUGGUGCGUCUCGCAAUGGGCACCCGUCACGUUCCUCGGCGUCGAAGUCAACAAGCUCAGCGGCGCUUCCGACGCCAACCCCACCACAACCACCCUCCCCCGCCGCCGCUCCAACGACACCACCACCAGCAACAUCGAGAUGCUCCGCCUCGAGCACGGCACCACAGCAGACGGCAGCACCCUCGAAGCCGGCCCCACCACCCCCACCACCACCACAGCCCCCACCGCUCCUGCAACACACAGCUCGACGGGCGAGCUGAGCGGCAUCUACUUCGGCAUCCUCAACAUCUACGUGACGAUCCCGCAGUUCCUCAGCACCGUCAUGACCGGCGCCGUCUUCGCCCUGCUCGAGCCCGGCAAGAGCCCCGAGCUGGCGGCCGAGGCCCACUCGGCCGAGGCGCAGAGCGAUCCCUCGGGCCCCAACGCCAUCGCCGUGUGCAUGUUCCUGGGCGCGCUGAGCUCGCUGGUGGCGGCGUGGUCGACGGGGAAGUUGAGGGGUUUGUGAAGGGGGAGGGAA